AUGCAUCUUCCGAGAACACAGAUAUCGCAGCUCUAUACACACCUAAUACGCAAUACACAUCCCUCUUCUUCGCCGGUCCUGGUAUUGACUGCUCUCACCGUGGACAGUCUAUGCGCGACACGAAUACUCGCCAGCUUACUGAAGCGCGACUUCAUUCCCCACACGAUCAUACCCAUCUCUGGAUACGCGGACCUGCAAAGAGCGGGUACUGAAUCUGUACUGCCUUUGACGCGGCAGCGAGGUGGAGAUGGCGGGACAGUGGUAUGCUUGGGCUUGGGCGGUGCUGUCGCAUUGGAUGAGGUCUUAGGUUUCGACACUCAGGCUGAAUAUGAGGAGGCUGGUGCACAGGAUCAUGGCGUGGAGGUGUGGGUAGUCGAUUCGCAUCGUCCCUGGAACCUGGAGAACGUAUUUGGCAGCUCAACAAUUGUACAACAGGGAGAAACUGGCGCUGCUGCAAGGCGUGCCGGCGUAGAGCAAGGACGAUUGAACCCAGGAUACAAGCCCGGCAAAGGCGGCAUCAUCGUUUGGGACGACGGGGAUCUUGAGGCGGAACUGGCAGCGGAGAAAGAAGCCUUCUUCGCUCUCCGCGAAAUGCCUGAGAUCACAGAGGAUGACUUAACAUUGGACGAUGGAGAACACAACGACGAUGAAGAAGAUGCAGAGGCUGCGGAUGAGACAGAGAGCAGUGGAAAUAAGCGGAAACGCAGUGCAUCUCCGCAUGGAUCAGACACAGAGUCGAAUACAGAAUUCGAAGGGAACAGGCCUAGACGCAGAAGACGAAGCAACUCAGGCGACUCUGUGGCAAUACCAUCGUCGCCUGGAGGCAACCCUCUAUCGGCACAGCUGGAGCCAGAUUCGACGCCUCCAGCCAUGCCCUCUUCACCACCAAAGACAGAGCUUUCGUCGAAACAGAUGCGCAAACGAUUACUAAAGCUGAGACGAAAGCACGAAGCAACAAUCGACAAGUACUACGACCUGGGAUCGAGCGGCGCUGAGCCUGUCAGCAGCAUGGUUUAUUCGUUGGCUUCCGAAUUGGGUCGAGAAGACAACGAGCUACUGUGGCUUGCGAUUGUCGGCAUCAGCUCUAUAACGCUGAUGCCUUCCGGUCCAAAGGACAAGCUCAAUCAGAUCCGCGCAAUUUUGCAGGAAGAGGUCAAUCGCUUGAAUCCUGUUCCUGGUGCCGAGCUGCAAAGGUCUCAGAGUGUAGAAGCCGUAAUACCCACAACCGCCCGAAGUCCAACGGAUACUAGCAUCCGACUGUCGCCUGAACCUCGCCUUCUCCUCAUUCGACACUGGAGCUUAUAUGACUCGAUGCUUCACUCACCAUAUCUCGCAACGCGCCUUCACGUAUGGUCAGAUUCAGGGCGAAAGCGGUUACACAAACUGCUAGCAAAGAUGGGCGUCAGCUUACAGGAAGCUGGCAAGGGCUAUCUUCACAUGGAUUCAGAACUGAAACGAACUUUACGAAAACGAAUCCUCAAAUUCGCAGAGCAAUACAGUCUCGACGGCUUGGUACCCACUGACGGUGGUCGAAAUGGUUUCGAGGGCUGGGGUUUCGUUCGAUCAUGGGGUUGGCUGGGGACGCUCAGCGCCGAAGACGUUGCCAUUGUUGUCGGCGCCAUCUUAGAGGUUGGCACCGACAAUCAUCUCUUCCCAGAUCUCAAGCUCGACGCUCGCGGCAGAGCAGCAGAUCCGUCAUACAAUACCCGAGUUCGCAAUCUGCCAACACCGCCACACUCUUCUGACGAUGGCCUAGGAGACGAUACUCCUACCUCGGAUGUACCAGACUAUGUCACCCAGCGCUUCUUCCGAGCAUACGACUCGCUUGCGCCCACAAAAGGACUUCAGACUCUCCAAAAGAAUAUCUCCUCUGCACAGAAUCUGUACAAAGCCAUCCUCCGCGUCGGAUCUGCUCUCAUUAGUAAGAAGCAAAUUCGCCAUCUCCGCGCGUUCCGCAUGGGCGUUGUAAAAGAAGGACCAGAUGUCCCUCUUUUUUCCCAUCCCGGUGCGCUGGUUCGUCUCGCAGCAUGGGUAGGCGAAGCAGUAGCAGUACUCGAAAGCGAAAAAGGCCGCAAACCAGGCAAGAAUAAAUCUGACGAAGCCCUCGUGCUCGGAUGUCUCGAUGAAGGACGCAGCGUUUACGUCGUCGUCGGCCUGGGAGGUGGAAAUGGCUGGAGCGGAACGGGGAAGAAAAUCCGUUCCAAGGCUGAAAUCAAAGAACGAGAGGAGAAGAAGAAGCGCAGAGCGGUCGAGAAGGCUGCCCAGAAAGCCGAACGAUUGAGGAAGAGGGAAGAGAAGAAGAAGCUGAGGAGAGAGAUCAACGAAGCCAAUGGAAUUGUGGAUUCGGAUGAUGAGUUGAGCGAGAGUGAGCCGGAGACGGAAUCCGCCUCUUCGGAUUCCGAUAACAGUGAGUCUGAGUCUGACGAUUCGGGUGAUGAGGAGAGAGUCGCGAAGAGGAAGAGAAGAGGUGGACUGAACCGUUUCGGCCAGGCCUUUCAGGAGGUCGUCGAGGAGACGGGCGCUCGCGUGAGAAUCGAUUCCUUCGAGCACAGCGUUGUGGAAGUGCGCAAGGAUGAUCUGGGAGGUUUCCUCGAGGCGCUGAGUUUGAAGACGGUGGUCGGAUGA